GAAUAAAACUUGUGAUUAAAAUUUCGAUUUUGUUCUAAUUUUACCUGUUAUAAGAGCUUUAUUUGCGACAUAGAGGCGAGAUCUAGGUGUUCUAUACUCAAUUUCUUCACGAGGUUUCUGGGAAAAGAUCGUACGUUUUCAAAUUGCUUGUCUGUUGGAGUCAGUUUGGAAUAUUUUGGAUUUGUCUUGCCGAGAGGAAGAAUUAAGUGGGGUCUAGCCAGAGCCGGAUCUACUCAUAUCCUGUAAGUUUUGUAUGCAUGGUUUUGUAAAAGAUUUCCCACGUUCAAACUGAUGUUUAAAUAUCUCUUCGACCCACAUAAAGAAACGAUACUGGGAACGCAGCAGGUUAUCUUUUAUCAUAUCAUUUAUAGACUUCAUACCUUGAUAUGACUGCAAAAUGAAGCAAGAGGUCAUAUAAAGUAAACAAGAUGGCUUAUUAAAAACUCGUGAUAUCCGGCAGGUUUAAUUUUUAUCACAAAAUUUUAAUAUAAUAUGGCUGUACGAGCAGCCCAAACUGUUGUCCCCAAACUAGUGACCUUUUAUAAGAAUGGAGACAAGUUUUUUAGAGGCUAUAAACUAGCUAUUACUCCUCAGAAGUAUCGUAAUAUGGAAACAUUGCUGAAUGAUCUUACACGGUUAUUAAACCUACCGCUUGGAGCAAGAUAUGUACUCACAAAGACUGGAAAAGCUGUGGAAAAUUUACAAGAAUUUGAGCAUGGUCAGGGGUAUAUUUGUUCGUCAUUUCCCAAACUCAAGAAUUUGAGAUAUGGCGUUGGUGACAAUCUUCCAUAUUGGAAUUCUUCGAAGAAUGCCAACAAAGACAAAACCACAUCACAAUCGACCAAGCAUUACAAAAAUUUCAAAGGCCAUUCAGAUGAGGCAUCGCCUAGGAGACGAUCAGAUACUAUCAAACCUAGAAUUAUAACAGUUAUACGUUAUGGCCAUAAACCUAGAAGAAGUGCAAAUGUUUUAUUAAACAAACGAACUGCUCAGACCCUAGACCAAGUGUUAGACGAAGUGACUACAGCUAUUGGAGUUUGGGGAACGAAUGGCGUUCGACGUUUGUAUGAUCUCACUGGCAAACGUGUGAAUGACCUAUCAGAUCUUUUCAAGCAAGAUGAUUGUUUUAUUGCUGUUGGAAAUGAAAAAUUACAUUUGUCUGACUUAGAGGACAUUGUACAUGGUUUUCACUUGAAACAGUCACAGAAGACAAGAUUACCAUCAAUCAAUAGUACUGAGGAAAGUGAUGUUAGUCAGCCUGACCAACACAAAGUAACACCGCGUAAACUGCAAUCUAAGAAUUCUGUAAAACUACCUACAAUCAGGAGAAAAAGUAAUAAUGAUAGUAAAGUAAGCUCUCCUAAUGUUGACAUUGAAUUUAAAGAAAAUAAAGUGCAGAAACAAACUGCAAAUAGCCCCCCAAAGGAAGGAAAGAUAAACAGUCCUCGGAAUAAUCAGAACAGUAGAAGUAGUGGGAAUAAUCAGGCAUUAAAGGAUGCAAACAACAAAAAUAAUUUGAAUGACAGUGCUAAAAUUUCCCAAGGAGAGGCAAAGAAUUCAUCAAGGAGUCAUGGCCUGGCAUCCAGCUGGGACGAAAAUAAUGAAUCAAGAAAAAAAGUGGAGAAUGUGGAGGAUGUUUACACAGUGGGGGAAAAAAUUGGUGAUGGUAAUUUUGCCAUAGUCAGGAUUGGUAUAAACAAGGACACCAAACAAAAACAUGCUUUGAAAAUUAUUGAUAGAAAGAAAAUAAUUGGAAAAGAAAACAUGUUGAAAGAUGAAAUAAGAAUCAUGAAAGCAUGUAAUCAUGAGAAUAUUGUGAAGUUAUACAACACGCUUGAUACUAAAUUUGAUGUUUAUUUGGUAAUGGAACUUGUUACAGGUGGCGAUCUGUUUGAUGAGAUUUCUAAUGCUGUCAAAUUUGAAGAACAAGUUGCAAGUUCAUUUGCCCAAGAUAUUGCAAAUGCAUUGGAUUAUCUUCAUAAGCAGAAUAUUGUCCAUCGAGAUUUGAAACCAGAAAACUUACUGGUAAGGAAAUUUGAUUUAAUUAUUUUAAACGUAUUAUGGGUUGUUGUUUUCAUUGAAAAAGCUGUUUUGAAGGACUGAUCUCUAUAUAUUAUAAUUUAUACCUAGUUUAAUUUAGUUGUCAAGUGGUAAGGCAACAGAUUUAAACAUAUCUCGAAGGUAUUUCUGAAGGAGAGUGGGGGGGGGGACUUGAUUUGUUAUUGUCUUUACUCAACACAGAAGUGAUAGGAACUUGAGACAAUGACAGUUGCAACUUGUGUGUUUCGAUAAUUCGAUUGCAAUUUGCACUGAGCAAUUUGCCAGUCAACAUUGCAAUUUGACUGACAUGGUAAAAUAUUCAUCUUGCCUGGGUGUUAUCCCGCCUCUUUCUGCCGGGAUUGAUCUCACCCUUGCCAAGUAACUCACUUCGCUGGGUAAUUCACCCCCAUAUAAACAGACAGCCCUAUAAAGCAGGCCUAUAAUAUAAUUAUUCCUAAUGAAGGAGUACUGUGACUUAGGGCCUGUUUACAUGUCUUACAUAGCCAGCGUGGCUGGCUCUUUUAUAAGUAGAGCCUGCCCGAAAGCCCUAGUAAUAUUGAUACUGCCUACUUAGUUAAUAUUCCAUAUUAACACCGCCCACUCAAAAUAGUUUUGUAUAAAUGAUGACUAAUGAAAUGUCAAUUGUUGCAUAUUUACUAUAGCCUGCGCUACAUGCUUUCAAUAAACUUUUUACAAUAGAUGGAUAGCGACUCAACUGCCUGGAAAUACAAGCAAAACGUCGGCAUUUCGAGCGAAGGCCCUUCGACUUUGUCUGGAAAUUAAUAGUAGACGAAGACCGUCCAAAAUUAUAUUAUGCUUUGCACCUGUAUGGCUGUCCUACAGUUAUAUAUAUAUUGCAGUAUUAAAUAUAAUGACUUAGGAAAAGUAAAUAGACCCUUUCCCGUGUUAUACACGUUGGCAGGCAAAUGUGUUUUAAAAGCUCCAAAGAGUGCUUCGUAUUAUUAUGGUAUGAUUAUAUAAACACAAUCAGGGGAUGUAUUAUUUUAUGUAAUCGUAAUUUGCCAGCCAGCAAAAUAUAAACAAGGCAAGGACAGCCAAGCCCAAAGUUUUAUACUCUAUACUAUGGUGACCAUACGGUAAAAUCAUACGACAUAGCAGUAAUAGCAGUAUGGCUUGCCUUAUUCUGUUUAGAUACCGGUAUAUGUUAUACAUUUUACACUUUGUUUUUGAAUUUUAUAUUUUAUAGCCGACAGGUUUACAACUUUAAUAUAGCAAUCCGUUUGUUUCUACUGUAUUUAUUUUUAAAUAUUUGAAUGAAUUAGCGUAACAUGUCAAUCAACCUGUCGUCAACGUAAAUUCAGCCAAUCACAAUUCUCGGCGGCUGGCUGCCGAGAGUAUCAAUUUUACUAGGGCUUUCGGGCAGGCUCUACUUAUAAAAGAGCCGGCCACGCUGGCUACAGUAUGUCUUACAUGGAGGUAGGGUGACCCUAUCAUGCGGGUUACCAUAGCAAGCGAGUCAGAAAAUGCGGUGUCAUUUGAAAUACUCACCAGGCUGAUGUGUAUAAUCUUGCAACAACAUCCUUGUUUGUCUAGCAGUCACAGUAGGACAUAUAAAACAUGACCAGCUUGCAAGCUAACCAUACCUGAUGCAUUUACAUGGGUUAUCAGCUUAUGUAAACAAAAGGAUAGCCCUGCAGCUAGGGUCACCCUAUCUGAUAGGAUAACUCUACCCCUAGGGUAACCCUAGUGUGUGUGUAAGCGCAGCCUAUAAAACACAUUAGACUAGGGUGACCCACUUGCUAGCUAAGGGUAACCCUCCUGAUAGGGUCACCCUACCUCCAUGUAAACAGGCUGUUAAGAGGCUAACACAUCGCAUAUCGUUAGGCGUGAAUCUAGUCAAUCUACUGAUUAGUAUAAUAUACAUCAGGAAAACAUCAUAAAUACAUUAAUUUAAUAUUCACAACAACCAGGUUUCUAGGCUGAAAGAAGGUAUUCAAGACAUAACCUAAAAGGUCUGGACCCCUAGAUUUUUUACGCCUUUGGUACUUGCAUUCGAAAUUCAAUCAAAUUUUUGCCCUGCCCCCUAAUUCCCCCAAAGUUUAGACCCUGGUCGCAACAAUUACUAUAUACUUUUAAUAUUCAUACAGGUUCAUACUUCAUCCAAUGGAAAGAAACAACUGAAGUUGGCUGACUUUGGUCUCGCUGUAGAAGUGAGAGUUCCUUUAUUUACAGUGUGUGGAACACCAACAUAUGUUGCCCCGGAAAUACUGGAAGAGACAGGAUAUGGUCUGAAAGUUGAUAUCUGGGCGGCUGGAGUUAUUCUCUACAUCAUGUUAUGUGGUUUUCCUCCAUUCCGUAGUCCCAAUAAGGACCAGGAUGAGUUGUUUGAUCUAAUUCUUGCUGGGGAUUACGAGUUCCUGGCUCCUUACUGGGACGAAGUGUCAGAAGAUGCCAAGGACUUGGUCAGUAAAUUAUUAGUAGUUGAUUCGAAACGGAGAUUCACAGCACAGGAGAUCCUAAGUCAUCAUUGGAUUCAAGAUCACAGGAAAGGAAGCAAAGAUGAAGAGCUGUCCACUCCAAAGCGUGAUUUUAAUGCCAGACGGAAGUUCAAAGGAGCUGCCAUUGCUGUAACAAGCUCAAAUCGUCUACAGAAUAUCGUACAGUUUCAGUUUAAACGAGGAGAGAAGCUUCUUGAACAACGUUCCUAAUUUGUAAGUUUUAAGAUAUGUCUGUGUGGUAAUUACUAAAUUAGUCUUUUCAAAUUUCAAUAGACAUGUGAGGCGUCGAGGGAGUAGAUAGGAGGCAGCCUAGACCUAGGCCUUCUAUUUUUAUUUAUAUUUUUUUAAUAUUCAGCGCUUUUUCACAUGAAAAGACUGGGACUAGGUAAUUUGGGGGCGGGGCGGAGGAAGGACACAAGCCUGACGCAAGCGAAAAUAUAGAAGGCCUAGUGGAUUUCCCAACAACAAGGCCAAAACUGCCCUGAAACUGCCCUGAUUGCGAAAUGCCCAAUUGUUGCGUUCUCAAACAGAAUUAUUUGCAACUUAACGGCGAAUUUAAACCGAUACAGGUAAAAUAAACUCAUUUAUAGUAUAAACUUACUAUUUUUAUUUGUAUACACGUCUAGAAAAUCGUUUUUUUAUCAUAAAGUUCGAAGCAACACUAUUAUUUAAUAUGUUGACAAGGUGUAGCGAAAGAACAAAAUGAGUCAAAAUAUAUACCAAAAGUAGAAUCUUUCAUGAAAUUUUGUCUUAUACACAAGUACAUUAAUAUAUAUUUUCUCAAUUUUGGCAAGAAGCAGUCUUGUGUUUGUAAAAUAUACAAAAUAAAACGGAUACAUAUAUUAUUAGCCCGUACAGUACUGUAUAUAAAAACGUACAUUGUUUAUACAAAUGGUAUAUCUGUAAUAUUUGAACACUAAUUUCAAAUUCCUCAUUCCCAAUUCGCAAAUAUAGUUAUUCAAAGCAAAACAGUAGAUUGUCUUGCGAAUAAAAGAAUUAUUAUUUUGUGCCGUUUCGCUACACCUUGUCAACAUAUAUAAAUAGUGUUGUUUCAAACUUUAUGAUAAAAAACCCGAUUUUCUAGACGUGUAUACAAAUAAAAAUAGUAAGUUUAUACUAUAAAUGAGUUUAUUUUACCUGUAUCGGUUUAAAUUCGCCGUUAAGUUGCAAAUAAUUCUGUUUGAGAACGAAAUAAUUGGGCAUUUCGCAACCAGGGCAGUUUCAGGGCAGUUUUGGCCUUGUUGUUGGGAAAUCAACUAGGCCUUCUAGGAUUGCUUCCUCCGCCCCGCCCCCAAAUCACCUAGUCCCAGUCUUUUCAUGUGAAAAACCGCUGAAUACUAAAAAAUAUAAAUAAGACUAGAAGGCCUAGGUCUAGGCUGGAUAGGAGGGAUAUCUGGAAACUAGGUGUUCAUUGGUUUACCUGUCAAAUUGAAUUAAAUUACGUCUCUCGGUUGAACAAAGCACACACUAGCUCUCGCCUGCGCUCCUUCGCCCAGCGGCUACGCUCGUGUUUCAAGAUCCGCCAUGUAAAGUGUAGUGAAAUGUAUCUCAUCGUAAUACUCAUCCUAAGAAAACUAAAGCCUCUGCGGAGGAGAGAGACACACUAGUAAAACGUCUACGUUGUCGGAUAGCGACUUUUCGGACGAGGUCGGAUAGUGACUUUUUCAACCUUUGUAAAAAUGCUUAAAAAGCUAUAAAAUUACGGAUAUGAACCUCACAACUGAUAAAAAGAAACUUCAAUAUAGAAAUACUAUUAAAUGUUUAAUCUGGGUUAUACAGUACCAAACAACGGGUUAUUUUAGAAACCUUGAAAGAGUCGCUAUCCGGCCUAAUUCGUACAACCGGCCUUUGGCUGGGACUAUCUGAAAGAGAGUUUCUUCCCAAGACUUUGACCAAAAACGAUAUAUAUAUAUAUAUAUAUAUAUAUAUACAACUAAUUCAAAAAAGGUUGUCCUUCAAAACUCAUAAACCUUAAGCAUUGAGCGCGCAAGGGAUGAUGGGUGCCGCCCUUUUUAAAAUCCUAAACUCGGUAAAUUUGCUUUGCAACCAUGCUAGGGCAUAUAAUGAAUACUUUCGAUGUAGAGCUGUUUGGUUUACUAAGCUAAUGCCCGAUCUAAGGCUCCAAAUACUGUAAGCAAAACCCAUCAUACCUUGCUCAAUGUUUAAAGGGGCAUUAUGAUCAAAAUUUUUAUUCUCUUAAACCAAAGCUUAAACGAAAAUGCUCGUAAAACUGUAUAAUAACUUGUUUUGAAGAUUUCUGUUCUCAUGCUUAGUUCUUGAGAUAUUUCUUUUGUUUGUAACCAUGUGACGUCAUUUACUCAAUUACAUAUAUAAUGAGAUAUCAGUAAUUGUUGUGUAUCUUUGCUAUUUUUGAUCGAUUUGUUAAAAAACACAGUAUGCUUAAUGAUGCAGGUUAAAUUAACAAACGCGCCGCAUCUUUCGAAAUAUUUUGAUAAAAAUAGCAAAGAUACUGAACACAGCAAUUACUGAUAUCUCAUUAUAUAUGUAAUUGAGUAAAUGACGUCACAUGGUUACAAACAAAAUGAAAUAUCUCAAGAAUUAAGCAUGGGAACAAAAAUCUUCAAAACAAGUUAUUAUACAGUUUUAAGAGCACUUUCGUUUAAGACAAUAAAAUUUUUGAUCAUACUGCCCCUUCAAAGAUGAUGUCCACUCCUGUGCACAUGCGCGAACUUUGUUUACGUUUUGAACUGCUGUAUUUGUAAAAUAUGAUAUACUAACUGAAUAUCUAACACUUUUCUGGCUCGCUACACUUGUAAAUGUAGUAAAUAUAAACUGUACGUUUCAAUUAAAAAAAGUUCGAAAGAUGCAAAAUUUGGGCAAUCUUUAUAUCUGGGGGUCCCCCUUUGUUAUGAGCAGCACUGAUGCGCAGAACGGGGUGGACAUCAUCUUUAAGGUUUGAGACUUUUUGAAGGACAACCUUUUUUAAAUUAGCUGUGUAUGGCUAGACAAUGGCAUGGACUCUGUAGCGCAGUUGGUUAGAGCGCUGUACCAGAAUCACGGGGCCGCAAGACGCUCUAUAGUUGCAUUUUUCGCAGCUGCUCCUGGUUAGGUCUGCAUAUAAUCUUCCGCUCGAAAUUUCCAUCAACAAAAUCCCUUCAUAUUAAAACUGUAUAUUUCGAAUCUAAAUCUGAUUCAUCUUCAGCAGUGUUUUGCAAGAUAUAUCUUGACAUAUUUUCAAGACAUAUCUUGCAAAACACUGCUGAAGAUGAAUCAGAUUUAGAUUCGAAAUAUACAGUUUUAAUAAAUUGUGUGUUAAUGUUAUGCACUCCUUAUUCGGAAUAACUUUUGUUUUAUUUUUGCUGAAAUUAUCAGCCGGAAAAGGAUUUUGUUAUGUUCACUUGUGCAAAAAUACUAAGUAAAUUUAUUUCAUACCUUCCUUUUUUCAGAUUAUCAUAAUCAUUAAUCAUUAUACAAAUCGUAUGAAAUUCAUCAAAGCACUCACUACUCCGUGAAAACAACUGAAACGAACUACCAGAACGUUGGGGGAAGAUUUUAUCGUAUAAGACAACUGUGUUAUAAAUAUAAUUGUGUAAGUAUGCAUGUCCUUAGUGGGUGUGUAAUUUUAAAAUAUAGUGUAAGUGUGUAAUUUCAAAAUACGAUCGUACUUAAUAGUUUCUUGCAGAGUAAACGGAACUCGAACAACACAUUUUUAAUUAAUACACACAUUCAUUGUACGUGAUUAAAUGCACAAAGUAGUCAUUGUUUUAUGUGUGAAUUUCAGUAAACUGCAUGGGUUCACAUU